AUGUGUGAGGAAGGUAAGAAUUUGCCCUUUGUGUUUUAUACCUUAUCCUUCAAAAUUGGUUUAAUAUAACAUAUGGUUUAAAUUGUACUCCUGCAAACCCCUUUUAUAUCUAUUCUGCAACAAAAGUUAUAUAUUUGUUGUGUAACAUGUAAACAGUUACAAUAUACAGUACAUAUAUGUGUCAAUAGUUUUAAAAAUGUUAAUGAACAUUUCGUUAGGAAAUUUAACUUUGGAAGAAGAUGAAAGUGGACGUGUUGGUCAUUUCUCUUAGUCAAACACAGUUGCUUCAAAGGUGUGUUCUUGGCACAACUGAAAACCAAAAUGGCAGUUUGAAUGCUCUAGCUUGGGCUAGGUAUCUAAAGCAUAAACAACAUGGCCGCAAUGCAGUGCGAUGUCCAGUAGCUGCCGCUAUUCCCCCACUUCCAUAUUGGAGCAAAGAGUCGACUUGGUGUUAUGAAACGGCUGUCCAUUCACGCUGGGGGUAAAACAAAACAAGCUUGUGAUGCAAGAUAUCGCAAAUGAAGAAAUCUGAUUUACAGGCAACUGAAAAAGAGAAGAAACAAUGCCAAGGAGAGAAACUGAUUUGAACGCAACGGGAAGAAGCUAUUUGGGAAGCUGAAGGAGUGACAUAAAGAGGCUAGAGGAUUUUAAACUGUAACAAAACUUUUUAAAACACCAAGUAAAUGGUAGGAUUUAAAUUAUCCAGGCUUAAGAUUUUCAAAAUGUAUGAAAAAUCAAGUGUUUUCGAUACAAGAGACUUUAAACUCGUUUUUCUCGUUUUCGGAUAUUUUAGACUUUGAGAAAAGAUAUCUCGAUAACAAUUUAUUGGAUUGCACUGAAAUUUUCAGAGAAUGCUCCUCUCACUUAGCUUUGUGUUUUAAGCAUAUAGAGAUUUUUGAUUGAGUAAAAAUAUCAAAAGUUACUACAAUUUUUACCUUUUAAAAAUUUGACGCCUAACUUCCCAAACCAUAACUUUUUUUCUUUUUUGUCAAUCAAAAUUCUCUAUGCUUAAAACAAUAAUCCCUAUGUAAGUAUUUAAAAAAUGUAUAAAUAAUCAAAUUUCAUAAUACACAGCUAGUGCAAUCUUUUCUUGAAUAAAGCUAAACCGAAAAUUUGAUGAACGGUGCAGAGCCACCUUAAUACAGCUUUUCACUGUUUCAAAUAUUUUUUUUCUGAAUCUCCAGGUUCUUAGCUUUCUACUAAUAUAUAGUUUGUGGGGGUUUGGAUGUAACCUUGUGCAAAUAUAAAACAUUUUAUAUCACCCUAUUUUUCAGGUGUACUCCCCCCUUAAUUAUAUUACUCAUUAUGCUUUCAAUAUUACUUUACAAUUGUAUAAUCGACUUUAGUACUUGCUACCGGCUCCUUUUGGUUUCUCUUGGGCUUCCUUGCUAGCUUUUAACUGGCUGCAUGGUACAUUAUAGCUAUCAAUUUUUGUAAUUUUCUUUUGUUUAUGGCAAAAAAAAUUGACUUGGCUUGUCCGUUCCGUCACGUCGUCACGUUUUCAGACAUGUACAACAAAACGCAAAUAGACUAAAUGCUUAUUCAGUCACGUAUCACGUAUGUUCGACCACCUUUUUAGUCACGUACAAUCACGUACAGAAUUUUUAACUGUGCGCAUCAGCGGUUUUUCUGGCAAAUUAUAAUGAUUUAUUAAUGAUUUAUUAUCUUGAUUUAUUUGAACACAGUGUAUUUUUUAUGGUAGCUAGUUCUCAUUUUAUUCUAUAUUUAUACUAAACCUAAAAUUGUGUUAACAUUUUGAUAUUAAUUAAUAAUAAUAGCAUAAAAAAUACCGUAUAGUAGAAACUUGAAAAAUAGUUUGGCAUCUGAUUCAAAUGUCAUACUACACAAAAUAGCUAAAUAUCUCAAAAUCUCGUGCAAAAUCCUUUUCAAAAUAAAAAAAUCCUUUCUAAACCGCUGAAAAUCUCGCUUAAAAUCUGAAAAUCCCCCAGGUGUUUUGAAAUCCCAAAAUCUUCGUACCCGCUUGUUUCAGAGUAUUUCGCCGCACUCAACAGGUAAAAAUACUCACUCAGUGUAUCAUCGAAAAUCCAGCUUUGCACUGCUCAUCAACCGAAUAUAAAUAGCGUAAGGUAUAACAAUAAGACAUUUUAUACUCAGUAUAACCAGGGGCGUAUAAACCCAAGGGAAAAGCCUGGGAACAAGCGUGAAAUGUUCGGCAAAUUGAGUUGGCAGAUGUUGUAAAGUAGAGUAGUAGAGGUAAAAUAGAGUUGGCAGAUGUUGAUUAGUGAUGUUCUGAAAAUUUUUGCUCACUUACCCCCUGAAUAUAUCGCACCUUAAUUUAUUUAUUGUCAUAACAGAACACCUUGCCAAACAUUUUUAGCUGGCAUUGCUAUUGCUAUCUGCUACUGAUCAAUGCCAACACGUGCUUCCAGAGCUGAAAUGGCACAGAUUUCAUUGCUCAUAUAGUCGGACUCCGAUGGCGUAGCCACGAUUAGUAUUAACGUCAAACUAGUCAUUUCUUCUAGUAGACUAGUACAGACCAAUUGCUCUGUGUGACUGUGUCUCACACCAGUUGGCAGAACUUGUCGGUACUUGUUACUGUGAUACGAAGUGUCGUAUUACCAAUUUUUCAAUGAAAAGUCAAAUGGAAUUUAGAACUAAAAAAUUGGAAAUCCCAUUUCGCAAUAUCCCACGCAGGCAUUUUAACCGACUCUUUCAACGCGCUGUCCCUCAAAGUCGCUAAUUAUCCAACCUCGUUUCCAGGCUCUUUGGAAAGAGCCUGGGAACGAGGUUGGCUGAUUAUCGCGCUUGAUAUCCCAUUCCCAUUUGUCCCCGCGCGUCCGUUAUCAUUGUUCUCCCAUCGGAUCUCCAUCGAGGCACUGAUCUCUAUUGGAGAAGCGCAACUGGGGAACGAGGCAGACAUUUAACCACCUUGCUCAUGCGACGAAGUACAAUAAUUUUCAAGUUUAACAAAGUAAUAGGUAGUCAGGGCAUCUGUCCAAACCAGUGAAAUGAAUACAACAGGAACGGAGGCUGGAACGUUACCUCCAACUGGAAAGUUGAAGCCAAACUUGAAGGCCAGUCCCAGUCGUUUCACGCCCAAUCAUCCAUAGGCAUGCAUAACUUAAUCAUGCAGUCAAUCAUGAUGAAAAACGAACAGAUAUUAUAACAACUGAUGACUUAUUUGUUUUUGCUGUUUUAACAUCAAUUAUAAGCAUUAUAAGCAUUAUAUCAUUAGGUUUAAUUCGAACAACAGUAAGAUGAAUGCGUUUCUCGUUCAUAUUGAACCGUGCAGGUCCGCACUUAUCGUGUUGGCCGAUGAAAAAUAGUCAUAUAAGAAUAGGCAAUUCCAGCUUUUAGUUUAUGCGUGCAGGGGAUGAUGGGAAGUAAGGUAUCACAUUGCUGAUUAUGCCAUGCUGAAAAUAUAAAAAUAGUGGCCGUGUAAACACGGACUGAUAGCUUAUACUUGUAAAUAUUGAAAUAUUUUGGUUGUUUCGGUAGUUUUUAUUGAAAUAUUUCAGCAUAAUCGGCAAUACGAUACCUUACUUCCCUUCAUCCCCUGCACUAAAAGCUGGAAUUGCCUAUUUAGAAGGCUGCGUUACACCGAUACACUAGCUAAUAGUACAGGAUAGCAUUCCAUAGCGGCGCGGAAAAGCACCUAUCCAGUACGGAAUGCACGACUUUCAGAAGCUGAGCGAAACAACAUCUCUCCGUUCCAAUAAUUCCUCCAUAAAUAGUGUUCCAUAAAAUAAAGGUACGGAUAAUCAUAUACAGUAGGUGUUUUUUCACGUCGCUACGAAUAAGAUGGCUAAGCCAGGCGUGUUUCAGCGGGCUUCGUUUACACUUGUACCCAGGGGCGAAAGUUGAGGGGGUAUGGGGGGGGGGCGACACCCCCAAAUACGAAUCAUCUGGAUUGGCAGGGCGAAUCAUCUGGAUUGGCAGGGCAAUCAAAGGUUUUAAAUGAUAGAAUGUAGAGUUAUGAAGUAACUUACAAGGCUUUCAGAGGGAAUUGAUAGAAUUAAUAGACCAAAAUUUUACAGAUAUUGGUACAAAAAUAAGGAUUUCACCCACGUUUUACCAGGAUUUUGUACGGAAAAAUUUUUUUGACCCUUUUUUCUAAUGUCCUGAAAAAAUUUUUUCAACAUUUUUGGGAAAAAUUGUGGCCAGAAAUAAAAAUUUGCUGGAGAGCAUCAUUGGUUUUGGCAGGGCAAUUCUGGCACCCCCCUCCCCCUCCCCCCCCGAAUUAAAAGAGCUAGUUUCGCCUCUGCUUCACAGUACCGGGCGGAUAGCUUUUCGUAUAGCGACGUGAAGAACACCUAUUCGUACCUUUUAGGAACACUAUUUUUGGAUGAAUUAUUUCAACGGAAAGAUGCUAUUUCGCUCAGCUUCUGAAAGUUGUGAUUCCGCAUCAGAUAGAUGUUUUUCAGUUCGCGCCGCUACGAGUAUCCGGUAUAGUGUAAACGGCUCAAACCUUGCCAGUUCUCAUGUGCCAAACGCAUUAAAAACAAUAGACAAUCCGUUGAAAUGCCUCAUCAGUUAUCUAUUGCCGCGGUUUCUAAUGAGUUUGGCACAUGAGAAGCAGUGUCGAAACAUGAGGGGGGUGUGGGGGUGUGACCCCCCCCCCCCCAAGUACAAAUCAUCUGGAUUGGCAGAGCAAAUCAUCUGGAUUGGCAGGGCAAUGAAAGAUUUUAAAUGAUAGAAUGUAGAGUUAUUAAGUAGCUUCCAGGGCUUCCGGAGGGAAUUGAAUAGAAUUUAUAGACCUAAAUUUUACAGAUAUUGGUAAAAAAAUAAGGGUUUCAUGCAUGUUUAAAAACAGGGAUUUGUCCGAAAAAAAUUUUUUGACCCUUAAUUUAAUUGGUUUAUGUCCGGAAAAUUUUUUUCGCCCCUUUUUUAAAUGUCCGAAAAAAUUUUUUUCGACCACGAUCCCCCCCCCCCUCGCCAACAUUAUUAGGAGAAAUAGUGGCCAAAAAAUUUUUUGGCUGCAGGGCAUCAUCGGCUUUCGCAGGGCAAUUCUAGCAGACAACCCCCCAAUUAAAAGGGGCUAGUUUCGCCCCUGAUGAGAAGCGCGACGUUUGAAACAGGCCGAAGACUAAGUAUUGAUCCAAUAUACAGCACAUUUCAUAACAUUGACAUUGUACGUGUUUCGUAGCAACCGCUAUUGAGUAUCUUAAGAUUAUUUGGAAAGCGUUUAUUAGGAUGUCUGCUAUACCUGAUACUGACCUAUGGCUAUGGUCAUCUGAUUGGUGUAAAAGGUGUUAGCUUUCUCAGCCUGUUCACUCGCAAUAUUCGAAUUAUCAAGUGACAAUUUUCGGAAUCAAAAUAUUCAAAUUUGAUCAACUUUGCCUUUGGGAGCGUACUGACGCGUCGGCUCAUUUCCUGAUCCUUUUCUCAAUUUCACAUUUGACAGGAUUUUAACUUUAAGUAGACUGAUUGACAGUCUUGGUUUUAUUUCAUGUCGUUUCGUCGCCCCCUUAAAAGCUUCGCGCCCCCACUCCUUACUGGCUAAGGCUGGGCACACCACUGUGGCCACUGUACGUACGAAAUAUAUCUGUUCAGUAUAGCAAUUUUAAUUUAAUUUGCUUAGUUCCGAAGAACGAUUAAUGCUGCUGUAGAAAGUGCUAGAAACAGUUGAAAUAUGCCGCUCGUGAAACGUGUUAUUUUUGGUCAAAAUACAAACCGGAUCGAGUUUAGUCGACUUAGAGCUUGCCAGUAUAUUUUACAAUUCAGUAUUCAGUAAGCCCUAUUUUUCUUUAAUACCUAGGCUAAGGUUAAGUAAACGAGACCCAUUUAAAAUAUACUGAAUUUAAAUCUUAACACGCUAUGAAUAUGAUGAAACUUUAUGGACCUUUGUGACAAAGCGUUUUUAAAUUUUUUGGGGGAAACAUAAAUUUGUUGGGAAAGACUGAUUGGAAGCCUCGAGACGCUUGGGUAUGCGAGAGAGGAACGUAGGAGUAAUGAAGUAAAACAAUCUCGCCUUCCUUAUUUAUUGCUGCUCGUGCUUCACCCCCCCUGUACAUGAUGUCCCUUAAAACCAACAGCUAUACGCAUGCCAGGCAACAGAGGAGAGACCCAGUCACCCAGACUCCAGAGGCGAUAAAAAAUGAACCCUCGCCCGUGCAUGAGCUGACGCAUGCGAAUGUUUUGAUUGGGUUUUACCCGGAUUUCGCGGGAAAGUUACUUUCCGGCGUCAUUGGCAUCAUUCAUAUUUUUAAUAUUAAUAUAAAAUUGCUGUAAAUCGAGUAUGUGAUAUCAAUAAAUAAUGUACUCAGCACUAAUGUAUGUACUUUUCUAUAUUCGCUUCAAUAAAUGAAUGAUUGUGAUUUCGAAACAUAAUGCCCACGGGCCAUAUGGCAUCAUUUAUUAUUCAUUCAGUGCUUCCACUUCUAUGGAAUAUUCCAUAUUUUAUGGAAAUUUUAGUGUGAAAAGGAAACUUCUAUGGAAACAAAAUAAAUGUGGAAAUUCUAUGGAAAUUCGAACUUGAUUGCUAUAAUUUAAGAUUUACCCAAAUAGACUUUUUAAAAUUCAGUAUAAAAUUUGAUUUUUGAAUUACGAAUUACGAUUGCAUAACAUAGUAACAGGCUAGUAUUGGUCAUUAGGAGCGGCUAGGAGCAUGGAACAUAUAGGAUAAUUGAGGAUAUUAAGUAAUAUAAAGGGAUGUUAUGACGUCGAGCGUGGAUUAAAGUGGGAUUAAUGGAUUUGGGGCGAAAACAAGAAUGGACGCAAUGGAGUGUGAAAGCGACUCCUCAAGUGAAGAAAAUACAGAUAAUGAGCUCAAAAAGCAACAGAGUAAACAAAAGGGAAAGAAAAAACGAACGUAUGAACAGAAGUUUUGUAAUACUUGACUUUCCAAUGCGAAUUUCAAGGGAUGGGAUUCAGGAGACAAAGGGGACAAAUGGCAGUAGUGUACCGUGCAGUAAUACUGCAAGGUAUGUAAGGUAAAACUUUCCUGUUCCAAAACUGCUCUUACAAGACAUAUGAAAGGUAAAGGACACACAGAGGCAAGUAAGAUGACUGCUUAACUAAGGAAAUCGCAUUUAAAUAUUGGAGAAUUGUUAGGUGCAACAGACAACGGUCUGUGGCCAAACUAGAAAUAAAACUAUGUAGCUUUAUUGUUGAACAUAAUCUGCCCAUCCAUUUAAGUGAUGAUCUCUUAGCCCUACUGUCCAGCUUAUUUCCAUCGAAUAAGACAGUUCAAAAAGCAACAUUGGGAAAGCAGAAAGCGACAAAUGUUAUUCGCCAGGUUCUGGGAUUCAAUACCCAAAAGGACUCCAUUAAUGGUCUGAAGUCUCGAAAAUUUUCAUUGAUCAUUGAUGAGACAACAGAUCGUUCACGUAAGAAUCAGCUGGCAGUAUUGGUGACCUACUUCAAUCCAGAUACAUUUAAAAUGGACUGUGACUUAAAUUAUAUAGUUUAAAGCAUCAUUAAAGUUUAAAACAAUAAAAAUUACCUAUUUUGUUCUUGUUGUUUAAAAACUACUCAUUAUUAAUGAGGAAUUAAAAUACAAUAAUUGUAGAAAAUUCUAUGGAAAUUUUGGCACACUAUCUAUGGAAAUUUCAUUUCAAAUAUGGAAAUUUUCUUUUCGAUAUACAGAAAAUCAAAAUCUGAGAAUGGAAGCACUGUAUUCAUUAGCCUCUUGAGACCACGCUUGCACGUGAUUGCCACGCAGCAGUUACUGACCAAUCGGAAACGCUGCGUCAUUGUGGGCGGUAUAGCCCAAGUGCGGGUAUCCGGACUCUUUAUAAAAUCCCGGAGUCAGAAGAAGUUGGAGUCCGAAGUAUAAAGUCCGAAGUAUAAAGUUCAGCACUGAGAAUCUGUUACAAUAAAACGAAUAAUGGAAAGGGAUCCUAGAUGUGAUCGUUGUCAUACUUUUAAGGUCAAACUUGGCCCAAUACGACUGAAUUUCAACCCAGUCGUGACCAUUCUUUCAGCCGUAAUAAUUUGGGGCUUCGUGGCGUGGUGUGUUAGCGAUCCUGAUGGCGCCAGUUUUCAUAUGGGAAAAAUCAAGACAUGGAUUACAGCUACCUUCACGUGGUUCUACGUCAGUUCUGUGAACAUACUCAUUAUCUUUCUCCUCUAUCUGUAUUUCUCGAAAUACGGCGACCUUAAGCUGGGUAAAGACGACGAGAAACCUGAAUUUAGCGAUGGCUCGUAUUUCACAAUGUUGUUUGCCGCUGGUAUCGGUAUUGGCUUAUUCUACUUCAGUGUGUCCGAACCAAUCUCGCAUUAUGCACCGGGUAAAAAAUACGGAAAUCGUUAUUGGGGAAGGUAUGUAAGGCCUUUUUAUUGCUUUUUCAUCAUAGUUAUGUGUCAGUCCAAAUUAACUGCUUAUUUCUGAACUGUACGAAUUUAUAUAUUUUCUACAACACGCCUUGCCUGUUGACGCGUGCUUGACUGUUGAUUCAUUUAUUUGUUUGUACUUUGUACCCGUUGUUUUAGCGUUUUAAUAUUUUAGCCUAGAUCUUAAAAAGUUUCGAAAUCUGUUUUUUAAGCCUAGAGUGGUAUUUUCACUUGGUUUUUCCCAGUAAACUGCGAGUAUUCUGAGCAUUUAUUGAUAACAGAUGCCCCUUCUGGGGGCUUCCGUCCCUUCGUUUAGGGAGAGACAUGAGGCUGCAAUUAUGUUGUUUUGUUUAAUUAUCACAUGCGGUAAUAAGUGAUUUAUAUCACACGUACAUUUCGCUUUUCUUUGUCUUUUUGAUUAUUCAAACGUUCGCUUUCUGUUUUCCAAGUCUGUUUCAAUUUGAGUCGAAGUACAUUUUAUAUUUGUGUUAAUUUAUUAAGCAUUUUUGCGGGAAGGUAAAUAAUAAAGCUUUUCUCAGUUAUAAAAAACAAGUCAUUGAAGCGUACAAUAAAAGCGUCAGCAACUAGAUUUUGUUCUUUUUUAUUACGUCUCAUUUUUCUUGUUCCUGAAAGUGAUUUGCAGGGCUUUUAUGUUUAUCUUUAAAAUGCACUUCCCGCAUGGCGUGUCAGUCCUUAAGCCAUUGAUAGAUGAUUCAUUCCUUAUGUUGAAAUAUUAGAACUUGUAUUCCAAUGUCCUGACCUAAUAUGGUAUAAUGGUAUUUAAGGUGUUAGCCAGAAGGGAGAAAACCAACAAUUGCAAAAUUCACUUAUUUUAGCCUGCCACAUUCAGACCCCAGUUAACCCAUUGAGCCCUAGUGCUCUCUCCUUGACAUGAAAUAUCGUCUGGCAUUAGACAGAGUAAAUAAUAAAGUAGGGCAACUGCGGUGCCUGACUGGAAAAUUAAUAGUAAAUAUAUAGAAAGCAUCAAAAGUGCGCGGGGGAGAAAUCCAAAUACAAAUUUUCCACACUGGCUGCGGUGUAAUGCAAACUAUUUUGGUUAAACAAAGAAUCCCUGUAUUACAAUGAAAUCACCUUAAAUUCCUUCGGUUAUUAUAAAAGAAUAUUAUAACGAGUGUAGAUGAUACGAUAUGACAUCAAACGUUAUGUUAUGAUGUAUCCAGCGACAUAUUACGACAAGGAGUGAAUUUGCAGAAUUGAGAAAUUUUCCUUGCCUACAAUUAUUUUCUAACAUUGUAGCUAUAGGCCGUGCUAAUUUUGACUUACAGAUUUGAAUUUCAAAUUAUUGAAGUGGUUUAGAUAAAGCAAACAAUGAACAUACACCAUAGUUUGUAAAUUUUAAGCAAAAACCGGACAGAUGCUGCAGUUUGUAAAUUUAAGAUAUAACAGGUGGAAUUGCCUCAGCAUUUUUUUGCCAAGGAAACUAUGAAAAUCCUACCUCCCAAGUGCUGAGGCGAAUUUUGAGGGUUGGUUCAUAUUCAAAAGCAUAAGGGUCUUUAUUUUCCACUUAGGCCACUGUUUGUUGCAGAUGGAUAGGGAUUCAACUACCUGCAAAAUACAAGUAAAACUUUGACGUUUUGAAUGAAGGCCCUUCUACUUCUUGAUGAAAGGCCUUCUCUUGAAACUUUGAAGUUUUACUUGUAUUUUUCAGAUCAAGGCUUGAAUUUUAUCGUGGCAAUUGCUGUAGAGGGAGAACAAAAUGCAGGGUUCGAAAUAACUGUUCGUGAAUCACGAAUCAAUUUUCAUUUUUCACGAACCCAAUUUCAUAGAACUCAAAUUGAUAAAAAAAAAUACAAUAAUAAAUUCAUUUCUUUGUAAAUGUGAUGAAGAAUCGUAUAUUCUGAAGAUAUUGUUGUUAGAUUGUACUUAAAAACGAUUAUAAUUCCACCCAAAAUUCUAUUUUUUUGCGAGUUUGCGAUGUAUUUGAAAUAAUUGAAAAUUGCAGUGCUUCCACUUUUUAACUUCCAAUUAGAGAAAAUUCCUUAAAAUUUCCUUAAAAUAAAAAAAUUAAUUCACGAACCAUUUUUUCAGAAUUAAUUCUAACCCUGAAAUGCCGUGGAUUAUUGCGGCAACAACUGCAAUUUUUUGCCGUAUAGUGUAAUUUUUAUACUAUUCACUGUACAUUACUAUUUCAGGGGUUUCAGAAUAAGCCGGCGGCUGGUGGAGUUCCGCCGGCUACUUGAACUUUUACCGCCGGCUACUUUUCGUCUGGUCACAGGAAAAAAAUUAUAUACAAAGGUACAAGCGAACCAACACGAUGUUUGUUAUGUUCCAAUUGGAAUUCAAGCAAAACAUCACUUGUUUUGGAAGAUCAAUAAGAUCAAUAAUAUAUAGUACCAAACAUAGCUUGCUUUCUAAGUUGGUGUCGAAGUGAAUCUUCCUGGAAGAUAACUCUGAUUGGCUCUGACAGUGACUUAAGCAUUGCCAUUGGGGAAUCCAAAUUUGACAGUGAGCCAGAGAACCUUCAGAGCCACUUUGGUAAAUGUUUUUGGCAAGUGACUAAUUCUUUGACAACGAAUUAAUUAUGAUAAAGUGAAAAACUGUGGGCCAUAGCGAGGGGGGGGGGUUACCCCCCUCCCCCAACUUUUUUAGAAUUAACAUAUUCGGAAAAACGGGUUGGCCAUUCGGAAAAUUACGGCAAUAAUAGUAUAACAAAAUUUUAGUUGUUAAACAGAGAAAAUAUAAUAUAAUUGUAUUGUUAGUAUAAACUGAUUUAUGAAAUCAUGGCAUUUACAUGGAUAUUAACAUUUAACAAAUCGUAAAUCGGUAAAUAUGCAUGCAUACCUUUAUCAUUUAAAUAAUAUACCUUUAAAAUACUGACAAUUGAUUAAUUUUAAGCGGCUACAUUAUCCAUGACAAACUGCAAAGAAUUAUAUUACCCAUACUUUCCUGCAACUUCUCCAUGCAAUAUAUAGUUAAAUACGCCUUCGCCUGUGCAUAGAAUAUGCAUAUUUUUGUUUGUAAAUUGCAUCUUCAUUUUCCGGACAACAAACACCUUUGUGAUUAAACUACAAGUAAAACAUUAAAGUACAUUGUCACUUACAAGUAUAAAUGCAAAUGACAUCUAAAUGUAAGUAUGUAACAAGUGAACAGUUGUACUUUAUCUUUUUAUUUAUUCUAUAUUAUCUGAUUGUUAAUUUGCGCGCGAAAAUUUUUAAAAUUUCCAUGCGAGGGCACGCCCCCCUCCCUGCGCGUUUUUUUAACUAUCAGUCACAGCCGGAUACUUUUUUGGUACAACCGCCUACUUCAAAUCAUUCUGAAACCCCUGCUAUUUUGAUAUUUGAAUUCAGAUGUUGAUCAAAGCAUGCGUAAAUUACUAUUUUAGUCUCAAUUUGUUCUUCGAAAAAAACCCACUUAAAGAAAUACGUAAACAUGUUUCUAGCUUGUCAACAAUCCAAAGUAACAAUAAACUUAAAUUUUUAUUAAUUUGAAAAAAUGCUGUGGAAACUGCCAAAAUUGCCGUAGACAGCUUUUACGGUCCAUGGCAAUUUUUAACGCCAUUGCCGUCGAUUGAUUUCAGUGAAAUUCGAGGCCUGUUUCAGAUAGUUGAAUCCCUCCCUACCCGUUUGCAUUUCUCUGGUGUUUUUGUCACUACCUACACUAGCACAGAUUGUUUGAGUUUAUAUCACUGUCUGUUGCUUAUUAGUUUCUCAUCCUGCCCCUGCAUGCCUUCUUAGGCAGUGACCUUGAUGGGCAUUAUCAAGGGCAUUAUAGCCAUUCAUGUACAUUACAACCAUUAUAAUACAAAAAAGAGCGUUCAAACUUUCACAAACCAAAGCUUACCAGUUUUUUCCAAGGUAUAUACCAUUUUGUUCCAAGACUUUGACGCUUUUUUAAACCUUGAGUAGCACCACAUCACUUUACACUACUGGGUUGUUCUGGAAAAGAUCCACACCUCCCACAGAGAAAAUUUCUGCCUUCCUGUAUGUGGAAUGGAGAAAAAAUUGUUUCUUAUGUAGUAAGUGUAUUAGGACUUCCAAAGGUGGGUGGUAUGAAUGUUAAAUUCAGGAAAGACCCAUUGUACUGGAAAUGAAUGAAAAUUCAAAAACAGAAAAUUGUACCAGCAUGUGUAAAAGUGACACUCUGGCAUGAUGGGGUCAUAAUAAUACAUCUGGAAAGUUUGGAAAUUGUGAGCCUGAGAUCUUACUUGCAUGAAUUAUGAACUUUACACAGUGGAUUGUCACAUCUAGAGAACAUAUAUGAUUCAAAAUUUUUAGUCUAGUUUAACUGAAAAGAAUGCUUAAAAUAUUUUUCAAUACAGUUUACAACAUAGUGUGGCAUAUAAAUGUUGCGUGCAUAAAGUACACCGCAAAUUUCUCAAAAAAAAUAUCACAUGAUCUAGUAUUGACUAGUGGGGGCAUUCUUGUUAAUCAUAAACCUGGAUAUGGCUUCAACUAUAAUACAAAAUUUUUACAACAGACAUGGAAAAAUAAAUUAGAAUACUGUAAAUAGAAUGGCUGACUUGUAUAUACCAUUCCACUGCUCUUAGACUUUUUUCACAGUUCCUCUCACCACAGGCUACCUAACAUCCCACAUCCAAAAUAUGGAUCCCGUCCGAUAUUGUUUGGAGAAUGAUGCCACUUUCAAAAACAAGUUACUGAUGUAUUUAAUACAUUGGUUGAUUGUAUGCCUAUAAUAUAAUAAUAAUGGUAUAAUAUAAUAUUUAGUAUGUUUAAUCCUGGAAGUUUUUUGGGAACCCUCAGACCUGAAGUCCUGAAUACCCUCCAUAUUUUUUCGGGCCAUUUUUUAAAGCUGCUCCUAAAUUGCAUUUUCUGCACUCCACAUAUCCUGUAAAUGCACACGAUAGAAUCUCUUCUGUGGUUUCUUCCUGUUGACUUGUCAACACAUUGCAGAUGCAUGGUAUCAUCGGUAUGUGUUGAGGCAAAUACAGUAGUUUAGGUAGACUGUCUACAACCUAACUUCAAAUUUGAUAUUUGAUGAGCAACCAACCAAUCUUGAUUAAUUAUUAGUACAUAUGGAUACUUUUAUGUAAUUUUUGACUACUGUACUUAUCUUGAAACUGUCUUGUGUUGAAAUGGCCAAAAUAUAUAGUUUUUGAGCAGCUUUCCACAAUUUUUCCAAAGAGGCACACAAACAAAAUAUGGCAGUGUUAAAGAAUUGUAAAUGGUUAUUAAUUACACUUCAUGGGACAAAAGGUUUAACUCGCUUUCAGGAUUAACGUAAAAGUUUUUUGAAGUUGAAUUCCAAGGCAAUUAUUAAACAACCGAAUCGAGUUCAUACUGGUUUAUUAUUCAAAAUAACAGGAUAAUCACAGACAUUUUGUGGAAAUCCGAUAAACAUAACCAUUGUUUUGGUUUUAUCGAUGUUGCAAAUUGUUACUAGCAAGCUAAUCACUAAUAUGUUGUAAAUUAAUGUUUGAUAUUUUCCGUAAAUUAAAUUAGUAUUGUGCAAUUGCAAAGGCAAUUGAUGAAAUUUGAUUUUAUGAAUGUUUUCGGGUAUACUGACGGUGCUUUUUUUUAUUUUAUCAGGUCGGGCUUCUUGACAAUGUAGAAACAUAUUAAAAUCUUAUCAAAUUUCGUGCUUGGAAUGGAGAACUGGUGUACAUUAGAGACCAUUGUUUGCACAUUCGUUUCGAUUCAAUAGCAUGCAAAAGAAACACAUUGAACCAAUUGCACAAUACCAUAUGUUUUUGAAUUUGAACAUCAUCCAUGCAUUCUCGGUACGAAAUUUGAUAGGAUUUUCCUAGUCGGGAAUUCCAUUCAAUAGACCAAUUAAAGACAAGGUACAUGUGACUAUGACAAACUUGUGCUAUAGUAUUUAAGUGGAUCUUAAUGUAGUUCGGUGGUUAAUUAGCUGCUCAGGUAGAUGUGAUAUGUAGAAAUAUUGCGCCAACUCUUCCCCUUGGUUUAAACAUAAUUUCAACAAAGCGUGUAAGAAAAUUUGAUUAGUCAGUCGCAUAGUGUGACAGUAAAAUUCUUGAAUUUGAAACUUAUUGCUGCCAUGCAUGCAUCUUGCUCGUUUUAGAUGUUUAUUAUUACAAUUUUACCGAUCUAGAAAUUGUUUUAAAAUUUACAUUACUAAUUCACGCUUUGUCAUGCAAUACUCUGUAUAUCACAUCUAUUUUGCAGACAAAGUUUCACUCUUGUUGUUGUUGGCACAGCAUGAAAUUGACGUGUUCCUUGUGUAAUGAUUGUGGUGUGCACGGUUUGAAGCAACUCUUCUUUAACUAGAAUUUUUAAUACCAGGAAAUAGUGGUUUAUUUUUUAACAAGAGAUUUUAUCCUCGUUUUCGGGAGUCGUCUCGCAAAACUGUUAGGUAGUCUUGAUAUUUAAAAUGAUACAGUUCUGGGUAAAUUUCCCCGUAUUUGUGACGGAAAAGUGAAGAAAUGACUUAACUGAAUUUUUUGUGUUGGAUUAGGUUAAAAAAAUCGAUUUAUACUGUACGAGGAAAUUUAUUGGAACUUUGUCGUUUCGAUUUUGAUUUAUAAAUUCUGAGCAUGGUUUUGUUUUUGUACUCCAGACGUUUUGUAGUAUCAGCGCAUAAAUCCGUUGCUCUUAAUUAUAUGAGCUUUAAACCGUGGUACAUACUGCACAAAGCAACAUGCCAAUUCAAUGUGUCCUGUCAGUGCUACGUUGUUUCUCAAUAGACCUUUCCGGUAAUUACGUCACGACUAACACUGUUUUCAACUUAGGACCACCUUAAUGGAAUGGAUUUUAAGUUUGUUUCUCGCGGGCUACGGUUAGAGGAGCAGAACAUCCUUCUUCAACACAUGCAUAAAAAAGAAUUUUGGAUUUUGACCAAUAAAUGUGGAAAUAAGCUUAAACACGAAAACGAGCCAGAGGGGAUGGCCCCUUUUAUAUAAUUUCCACAUUUAAUAGUCAAAAUCCAAAAUUCUUUUUUAUGCAUGUGUUGACGAAGGAUGUUCUGCUUCUCUGACCAUAGCCAGUGAGAAACAAACUUGAAAUCUAUUCUAUUUAAGGUGGUCCUAAGUUGAAAACAGUGUAGUUGUGACGUAAUUACCGGAAAGAUCUAUUGUGUUAUGUACUGUACAAUAGAAGUAGUCUUGUUUUUUCAUAUCUUUGCUACGUACAGUACUACUAUACAGUAAACUUUUUUCACUUAGUAUUGGCUGUUGCAGACAACAUUCAGACAAUGCUGUACCAUCUAAUUAAGAUGAUUUAUUAAUAAGUACUCAUUAUUGCUUAGUCUAAACUUGGCAAACCGAUAACAAAGUGAAAAAAGUUCAUUCGGGGAGUGCUGAAACGUAAGAAACAUUUUUUUUACUCAGUUUAAUAUAAACAACUUAUUUCCCUUAAGAUAUUCGGACAAUCAAAAAGCUCAAGAUGCUAUGAAUCUUACAUUUUAUCACUGGGGCUUCCAUGGAUGGGUUGUCUAUUCAGUCACCGGCUUGCUCAUGUCCAUCGUGACGUACAGGAAAGGACUUCCAAUGACCAUUCGAUCUUGCUUCUAUCCCUUGGUGGGUGACAGAAUUUUUGGAUAUUUUGGUGAUAUGAUCGAUAUCUUCUCCGUUGUGUCCACAAUGUUCGGUGUUUGUACAAGUUUGGGCUUCGGCGUCAUGUCCCUGAACGCUGGUCUCAAUCGCUUGAACAGUAACAUAUCGGAAUCAACCACAAAUCAGAUAAUUAUAAUAUGGGGCGUGACGGUUGUUGCGACUAUUUCAGUCGUUUCUGGCCUUAAAGUUGGUAUACGUCGACUAAGUGAACUGUGCUUUUGCCUCGGUAUGUUCCUGAUGUUAUUUGUCUUCUUCCACGACGAUAGUUGGUUUCUCCUCAACCUGUACGUUCAAAGUCUUGGAUACUACUUACAAUCACUUGUUCAGCUUGCCUUCCACACCGAAGCGUUUGCACAGCUGGGUAAUGCCCCUGAUGGUCGUGAAGCACAACAAUGGAUGGAUUCUUGGACAAUCUUCUAUUGGGGUUGGUGGGUCGCCUUCUGUCCGUUCGUCGGGAUGUUUAUUGCCAAGAUCUCACGCGGCCGAACAAUACGAAAUUUCCUGAAUGCAACUCUCACCGCUCCCGUUAUCUACAUUUUCAUGUGGUUUUGCAUAUUCGGAGGUGCUGGACUUAAGAUGGAACGAGAUGCUAUCAAUGCUGGAGUAAACUGUUCUGUCUCUCCGUAUGUCGAAGUUGAAGGCAAUAAGUUGUACCAGUUGUCGUGUCGAAAAGACACCCAACAGUUUUUCGAUUUGCUUGAGCAGUAUGGUGACAACCUUGGCUAUGUACUUAAUGUAAUCACUGUUAUUGGUAUCGUGCUGUAUUUCGUAACCAGUUCAGACAGUGGCUCCCUGGUCAUUGAUUGUUUAUCUGCAAAUGGUAACCCAGAGCCUCCUGUAGUCCAACGCAUCUUUUGGGCGUUGACCGAAGGGGCAUGUGCGACAGCUUUACUGAAGGCCGGUGGUAAAGCGGCUCUCACUGCGUUGCAAACUGUGGCAAUUGCAGCUGGGUUACCGUAUCUUGCAAUUCUUCUCUUUAUGUGUGUUUCCAUUUGGCAAUGUGUUAAGGAAGAAGCUGGGGAUAUUGAUCCUAAUGCAGAAACCUUUGCCGUUAGUCUUUUUGAUGUGUUUGACAAUCCAUCUAUUCAUGGGCUGGAGAGAUUUCUUGUUGCUGUUCUGGCACCGUGGUGGCCGGCCGGUCGUGCAGCUGGUAAAGUGUACAACAAAAGUAGUUGGUCCUACAUGUUGAUCAUGGCAGUGUUGUUUUAUGGUUGGAUUUUGUUUGAAAUUCUUCAGGUUGUGGACUCUGGUUUGGCGUAUGUAGGUUGGGCUGUGCUCUGCGGGUUCUUUGCUUACGUGGUUGGAAUACGCUCUUCGAUAAGAGAAGAUGGUAAUAUUCCUGGCAGCCUGGUUUCGGAUUCUUUGAUGGUGAUGUUCCUGUACUUCUUGGCCGUUGAUCAAAUGGAUAAACACAUGCUAAUAGCAGAGCAACAGAAGAAAGAAGAUCCUGAUUGUCCUAUGGAAAAUAAGACGGCAGAUAUCGUUAUGGAAAAUGGUGAUGCUAAAACCUUUGAAUCGACAACAUUCGUUUAG